UAUCUCUCCUGCGCUUGGUUUCGCUUUGCUUUGCUGCUGCUGCUAGUGCGAGCUGGUGCUUCGGGCGAGGUCGUCGAUCUGGCGGCGGAGGCGGAGGGUUCAGGGGCCGCGGGGAAGGCGGGGGCGGCGGCCAUGGGGAGGGGGCGGGUGGAGCUGAAGCGGAUCGAGAACAAGAUCAACCGCCAGGUCACCUUCGCCAAGCGCCGCAACGGCCUGCUCAAGAAGGCGUACGAGCUCUCCGUGCUCUGCGACGCCGAGGUCGCGCUCAUCAUCUUCUCCAACCGCGGCAAGCUCUACGAGUUCUGCAGCACGCAGAGCAUGCCAAAGACACUUGAAAAGUAUCAAAAGUGCAGUUAUGCAGGGCCUGAAACAGCACUGCAAAAUAGAGAGAGUGAGCAAUUGAAAAGCAGCCGUAAUGAGUACCUCAAACUGAAGGCACGUGUUGAAAAUUUACAGCGAACUCAAAGGAAUUUGCUCGGUGAAGAUCUUGAUUCAUUAGACAUAAAGGAGUUGGAGCACCUCGAGAAGCAACUUGAUUCAUCCUUGAAGCACAUAAGAUCAACAAGGACACAGCACAUGGUUGAUCAACUAACGGAACUUCAGAGAAAGGAACAAAUGUUUUCUGAAGCAAAUAAGUGUCUUCGCAGAAAACUGGAGGAGAGCAACCAGGUUAUCUGGCAGCAAGCAUGGGAGCAUGGGGAGCCACAGCCAGAAGUCCAGCAGCAGCAGCAUCAGCUGCAAGGUGGCAAUGGAUUCUUCCAUCCCCUCGAUGCUGCUCGUGGGGAACCCACCCUUCAGAUAGGGUUCCCUCCUGAGGCACUGACUAGUAGCUCAUGCAUGACCACCUUCCUGCCCCCAUGGUUGCCAUGAGAUCAAACUACUGUGAUUCUGAAAUAAUAAGGAUGCGGCGGCUGGCCACGCUGCCAUAUGUUGUGCUUCGAGUGAUAGUUUAAUAUUCUUGUAUGGCUUGUAUGUGUAACAACCUGUGUGAUGAACUUGGAAAUUAUCCAUUUCAUUCUCGAAUAAUGUAUUGGGUAUAAGGUCGGGACUGCUUUAUAUUGCCUCAAAUAUAAUGUUGUAGCGUAUGUGUGUGCGCGCGCGCGCUCGCGUGUGAAUGUUGUGAGCUUGUAGCUGCACUAUAUUUAUGUUGUAAUUGUGACGAACCUUUUGUCAAAAUAACCAAUGUUCAUAGAAAUUGGCUA